AUGCUUUUUACAAAACAAGUCGCUACCAAUACAUCGGGAUUUUUCAAUGGCACCCUCGACUACGCAGUUGACCUUUGCAAGCUGAGUCCUACCACUACCACCGGUGCCCCUACUACUACUACUACGACCAUGCACUACUAG